AUGAUCUUCACCUCGGCCUCCGAGCCCGUUCGAGAGCUCCCAGACGAUCUGGACGUCUACGGAUGUAUGUACGAGUACUUUCCUCCAAGCCGCCCCGACCUACGAAACACAGGCCUGCCACUCCUGAUUGACGAAGAGACGUCGCAACAAUUUACCUUUGAACAAGCCAAGGAAACGACCGAUCAUCUCUCCGUUGCUCUAUAUGAGAAAUGUGGGAUUCGACCCGAUACACGAGCCAGCAUCUAUGCAACCAACAGCGUAUACUUUCCAAUGGCUGUUUGGGCCAUGCACCGUCUUGGCGCUACCAUUUCGCCGGCAAACCCAGCCUUCCUAGCGAAAGAGCUAACAUUCCAGUUGGAAGCGUCUGAUUCAAAGUUGUUGUUUGUCAGCGAGGACGAGGUGUCGCUAGAGAAUGGGUUUGCAGCUGCAAAGCAAGCCAACAUUCCGAGGGACAGGGUGGUAAUCAUUCAGGAGCCGGCGACGGUGCUCAAGUAUACCGAAUCGAACUACGGUCGAAUUCAGCGAAAGUCACAUGGUGCCUGGACGCUCGCCGGUUUAAUCGAGGAAGGACGCGAAGCUGUCAAGGCGAAAGGUCACACAAUCCUUGAUUCGACUCGCUACAAGCUCAAAUCCGGCGAGGGAAAGACCAAGAUCGCCUUCUUGUCCUUUUCUUCCGGGACAACGGGGCUUCCCAAAGGCGUGGCGAUCCAACACUACGCUGUCACGUCAAACGCACUUCAAACUAUGGCUCACAAUAAAGUGGGCAAUACCAUCGGUGCACGCGGUCGCUUCUGCCCUGGAAAAGAUGUGUCCUUGGGCGUGCUUCCGCAGUCCCAUAUCUAUGGACUUUCGACUGUGACGCACUUCCCUUUCUUUGCUGGGAUUGCCAAUUUGGUUCUGCGCAAGUUUCGUGGGAUCGAAGCCAUGAUCCAGACCAUCAUCAAGUACAAGAUCAGUCUGUGGUGGGUGGUUCCUCCCCAAGUGGUGCUGCUUUGCAAAGAUCCGUGCGUCGGCAAGUAUCUUGACGAUCUUCGCAAGGUCGGUCGGUUCGCCAUGGUCGGUGCAGCGCCUCUUUCAGAUGAACUGAGUCGCCAGUUCACCAAGCGCUUCCCAGACCUGGACUGGGGCCAAGGAUCGGGUAUGACCGAGACAUGUUCCGUGACCACCAUGUUCCCCGUCGGUGAGCGCGCUGUUAUGGGCUCGGCCGGACGACUCAUUUCCAACACGGAAGCCAAGGUGGUCGAUUCCAACGGUAACGAGCUUGGCUACGACGAGUUGGGCGAACUUUGGCUUCGUGGACCUCAGAUCACCCUCGGCUACACCAACAAUGAACAGGCUACAAAAGACACUUACCUUCCUGACGGAUGGCUGCGCAGUGGAGAUGAAGUCAAAAUCAGCCGUCAGGGGGACGUGUUCUUCAUUGAUCGCUUGAAAGAGCUGAUCAAAGUGAAAGGGUUCCAAGUGGCACCUGCCGAGUUGGAGGGAUUUCUGCUAGAUCAUCCAGAUGUCUCGGAUUGCGGCGUAAUCGGCAUUCCAGACGAAGCAGCGGGUGAACUGCCUUUUGCGUUCGUUGCGCUGUCACAUAAUGCCAGGAAGCGUACCAAAGAGGGAGGAAGCGACCAGGAGAAUGCCAUCAAGAGCUCCAUCAUCAAAUUUGUUGCUGACAACAAGGUUCGCUACAAACACCUCUGUGGUGUCACUUUCCUCGACACGAUCCCAAAGACGGCAUCGGGCAAAAUCCUGCGCCGAGAAAUGAGAGAAAUGGCCAAGAAGCUGCCUGCCGAAGCAUUCCGGGAGAAGCGCAGGAUUGUCGUCAAAAUGUGA